AUGGAUGCAUCAACAGCUAAUGAUGCAAUGGUUGUCGAAUUGCAAAUGUUAAUUGAUGAAAUGCGGUUGCAAGAUUUCGAUUCGAUCCGUUUUGCAACAUAUAGAUGUGCAUGCAAAUUACGCUUUAUCCAAAAAAAAACUAAUGUACAUCUCGUAGAUAUAUGGAAUAUGAUUGAAUCAUUCCGCGAAAACGGAUUAAAUGCACUUCCAGUUACUUCACAGGUGAAGAUCUCCAGAUUGGAAUUAUUGCUCGCAACAAUUUUUCAUAAUUUAAAUAAACGUUUACCCAGUGCACAACACAUCGAUACCGAUAAAUCUGUUUCACUUUUGCUUAGCUUUCUCGUCGGUGCGUAUGACAGACAACAAACUGGUCGUUUAACAGUGUUUGCUAUCAAAAUAGCUCUUGCUACAUUAUGUGCUGGUAAAUUAAUGGACAAAUUACGAUAUACAUUUUCGCAAGUAUCUAAUAGUAGCGGUACAAUGGAAUGGGAUAAAUUUUGUGGUUAUUUACAACAAGUUUUAGCCCUCGCCACAGCUGUUUUUGAAGGUCCAACAUUUGGUUAUACAGAAACAGCAGUGACACAAUGCUUUCAGAAGGAUCAACGGGUAAAUUUGAAUGCAUUUCUGGAUGUGAUGUUAGCUGAUCCUUGUCCGCCAUGUUUGAUGUGGCUACCAUUACUGCAUCGGAUGGCAAGUGUUGAGCAUGUUUAUCAUCCGGUUGUUUGUGAUGCUUGUCAGGUUCGGUCAUUUACUGGUUUUCGUUACAAAUGUCAGCGUUGCACGAAUUAUCAAUUAUGUGAGCAAUGUUUCUGGCGUGGACGGACAAGUUCAUCACAUUCCAAUGAACAUGAAAUGAAGGAAUAUUCCAGUUAUAAAUCACCGACCAAACAGUUAGCGCAUUCCAUACACAAAUCGUUGCGUUGUGUACCAGUGCCUAAUCGUUCCACACAUCCAAUAUUUCCAGAACGUCCAGAACGACCUCUUGAUCUCGCCAAUAUUUUGCCAAUAACGCCAACAACAUCUAGAAGACGACUUUCAGAAGGUCUAAAAGAUUGGAAAAAUCAAAUUUUGCCUGGACAAUAUCCAGUAACUAACGGCUCUACUAUGGAUGAUGAGCAUAAAUUAAUUGCUCGUUAUUCGGCUAAACUUUCCGGUCGGACACAGUAUCCAUUCGUUUUACCGAAAGAUCGAGCAACCAGUAUGGAUGAAAAUCUUAGUGAGAAAACAUUAAUCGCAAGACUGGAAGAAGAGAAUGGUGAAAUGAUGCGAGAAAUGGAAAUGUUGAAGCAGCAACAAGAAUUAGAAAAUACAGAUGAACAGCUGAAUAGUUUACGCGAACGAAAAGCUCAGCUUGAAGAAAAAAUGCGUAUUAUGCAACAAACACGACGACAACUAAUGCAGCAAUUAGAGCAAUCAAAAGGUGGAAGUAUGGGUGCUAUACCGGAAUCACUAACCGGCAUUGGAAGCCGUGUUUCGACCGCAUUCCGAGAUCGCGCAAUGCAAAGAGCUAGUUCAGUACCUGCAGCUCAGUUACAAGGUGAUCUGCUUCAUGCAGCUGAUGAUAUAACAAAUAACAUGAGCACAUUGCUCAGAGAACUUGGUCAAGCUCAAAAAGAUGUUGUAAAUGGUGAUAAUGGAACAGAAAGCGGUUAG